GAAAAUAAACUUUUUGCGAUAUAGGUUGGAAAAUAAUGUUUUUUUUUAACGCAGCCUCGAGUAUCGUUAAUUUAUUUACAAUUUUACGUACAAUUUGCAAAUGAUACUUUCUCUUUUGUUUGAAAUAGUUUGUAGUUUUAUUUGCAUAUGUAGUUUUGUUAGCGUGUGUGACACAAUUAUUUCGAAGGGAGGGAUUACAAUGUUUUUAAAUACCUAGAAGGAAAUACGUAAGUUAUGACAUCGAUAAUAUUGAUAUGAUAAGACAAGUCUCGUAAAACUAUUAAGAUAUUUUUUUGAGAUGGAACUCAAAUGUGCAGUUCAAACAUACGGUUGGGGAAAACAUGGUAUAGACAGUGUUGUCGCAAGUCUGGUGAAAUCGGCAAAUGCUGAUUUUGUGGUGAAUGAGCAGGAAACUUAUGCAGAAUUAUGGAUGGGCACUCACAAGAAUGGUCCAUCGUAUCUAAAGGACAUGGAUGUCCCUUUAGAGAAGUACAUACAGGAAAACAAAAAUGUGUUAGGCGACAACAUAAUCCAACGAUUCGGCCAUGAACUGCCUUUCCUCUUUAAGAUCUUGUCCAUAAAUAAAGCUUUAUCCAUUCAAGUGCAUCCAGAUAUGGUUUUUUUUCAGGAAAAGGCAGAAAAGCUGCACAAAUUAUAUCCUGACGUUUAUAAGGAUCCAAAUCAUAAGCCAGAAUUGGCGAUAGCUUUGUGUCCUUUUGAAGGGCUGUGUGGAUUCCUUCCAAUCGACGAGAUAAAAGAUUAUUUCAAUAAUAUACCGGAAUUGCUCGCUGUUAUAGGAGAGACCAAUGUCCGUCGCUUAUCUGAGGCAACCUCGUCUACAAUCGAUACUGUUUUGCGACAGUGUUUUCAUAGUCUUAUGACUUGCGAUUCCAAUGAAGUGACACAACAAUUGAAAUACUUAAUAAGUAGAUUACACGAUGCAGACGUUUCCUAUAAGCAAUGGAUAAAAGCUGAUCUAUUACAACGUUUGUACAGCGAUUAUCCUGACGAUGUAGGCUGUUUUGCCAUAUAUUUGUUCAAUUAUGUAACAUUGCUGCCAGGUGAAGCCAUGUACAUUGAACCAAACGUACCUCAUGCGUAUCUUUCUGGCGAUUGCGUGGAGUGCAUGGCAUGCUCAGAUAACGUAAUAAGAGCUGGACUUACGCCAAAACUGAAAGAUGUCGAAACCUUGAUCGAAGUAUUGUCGCUUGAAUCGUCUGUUAAAAAGAUUGAACCAUUAGAGGAAGAUACGUGGACCAAAGUUUUUUAUCCGCCAGUUUCGGAAUUUGCAGUUGCUAAGAUCAUGUUACCCGUCGGACUACCACGUUACACUUUAAAACCGAGAACGUCAGCCAGUAUUCUUUUAAUUGUCACUGGGGAAGCAAAAAUAUCCUCAAAGAUUUUUUCCCAUGGCUCCGUUUUGUUCAUUCCCGCUAAUGAUGUGGUAGAAAUGGAACUUUUACGCGGUUCUAUGCUUAUGUUUCAAGCAUUUGCAAAUAUCUGAGUACGCAGAAUCCAAUCGACAAAAACACUGUAAAGUGCAAUACUAAAUUUUUCAAAGUAGUUAUUUCAUAUCAAAUUUUCGAAAUGCAUAACGUUGAUUUAAUGUAAAUUUUUUUGGGAUACGUGAAGAGCGAGUAUUAUCCUAAGAAAUUAUGCAAUUAUAAACUUUAUAUUCGAAGAAUUUAAAAAAA